AUGAACCAUGCUCUAACAUCUUCAAGUACAUGUGACAACUGUGGGCCAAACGAAAAGACUUUCAGAGGUCCCGAGACGACAAAUACGUUUUGCAAAUGGUUGUUUUCGGAGGAGAACUACGAUGCCAAGGUCUUGUGUCAUAAUUUUAAAGGUUAUGACAGUUACCCUAUCCCCGGGUACCUAUACGAGAAUGGGAUACUGCCAGAGGUUGUCACCAGUGGUUCUAAAUACCUGAGUAUUGACGUACCACAAUGCCACAUUCGAUUCAUGGACAGCAUCAACUUCUUACCUAUGGCUUUUGCGGACUUGCCAGAAUCGUUUGGAAUAGAAGAAGAAUCCAAAGGGUACUUUCCUCAUUUAUUUAAUCGCAAAGAAAAUCAAGGAAUUUGCCUGCCACAUCUACCGGACAUAAAAUAUUAUCACCAGGACGGCAUGAAGCCAAAAAGAAGAAAAUCGUUCCUGGAGUGGUAUGAAAUACACAAAGCCGAACCCUUCAAAUUCCAAGAAGAGCUUCUAAAGUAUUGUCGAUCAGACGUAGACAUUCUCCGGAAGUGCUGCUUAAAGUUUCGGGAAAUGUUUAUACAAAUGACGAAUAAAGACGGCAGCGGCGGAAUCAACCCAUUUCAAAAUUGCAUCACCAUAGCAUCCGCCUGCAAUCUUGUCUACAGAACAAUGUUUUUAGAGUCCGAAAGCAUUGGUAUCAUUCCACCACAUGGCUACAGACCGGAGGAUAAACAAUCGAUCAAAGCAAUGAAAUGGUUGAAAUUCAUCGCAAGUUCUGAGGGUCUUAGAAUCCAACAUGCCGCCAAUGACGGAGAGAAACAUAUAGGGUCUUACAAAGUCGAUGGUUAUAUCACAAAUGAAGGAGAAAAGGACACUAUCUUGGAAUUCCACGGAUGUUUCUGGCACGGUUGUACGAAAUGUUAUGCCCGUAACAUGAUCAACACCGUAACCGAUUGUACCAUGGCCGAUCCCCACAUGAGAACGUUGGACAAGCAACGUUAUCUACAAGAUCUAGGAUAUAACUACAGAUGCAUGUGGGAAUGCGACUUUGAAAGACAAAGUAAGCUUGAUGAACCACUCAAGUCAUUUUUGAACACACUAGACAUCGAAGAACCUCUACAACCAAGAGACGCUUUCUAUGGAGGAAGAACAGAAGCAUUUACGAUGUAUGCCGAAGCCUCCGAAGACCGGCAGAUUAAGUACUAUGACGUGACAUCCCUCUAUCCUUGUAUUAACAAGGUCGGGAAAGUUCCCCUCGGCCAUCCUAAAAUCAUCACGGAAAACUUUGACAACAUUGAAGAAUACGAAGGGUUGAUCCUAUGCAAGAUGUCGCCACCAAGAGAUUUAUUCGUACCCGUUCUUCCCUUCCGAACCAAUGGGAAAUUGUUGUUUCCGUUAUGCCGCACGUGCGCUAAGGAAUCGUCAAAAGAAAAGUGUAGUCAUGGCGACAACGGAAGGGCCAUCACUGGCACGUGGGUGACUGACGAAGUGAAGACAGCCAUCAGGAAAGGAUACCGCUUGUUAGAGACAUAUGAAGUAUGGCAUUUCGAAAACAUUUCACAAUACGACACUGUGUCAAAAACUGGGGGUGUAUUCACUGAUUAUGUCAACACCUUCUUGAAGUUAAAACAGGAAGCUAGUGGGUGGCCAAAAUAG